AUGGGCAGUACUUCCAACGACUCCCAGUCCGAGAGCCGCGAAGAGCCCCUGUGGCUCCCCUCGGGCGAAAGCCCGGCCAUCAGCUCCGCGAUGUUCACGGCCGGGGUGCUGGGGAACCUCAUUGCGCUGGCGCUCCUGGUGCGCCGCUGGCGGGGGGACUCGGGGCGCAGGAACUCCAUCUCGCUGUUCCACGUGCUGGUGACAGAGCUGGUUCUCACCGACCUGCUUGGGACCUGCCUCAUCAGCCCCGUGGUGCUGGCUUCGUAUGCGCGGAACCGGACUCUGGUGGCCCUGGGGCCGGAGAGGCGCGUGUGCACCUACUUCGCCUUCUCCAUGACCUUCUUCAGCCUGGCCACGAUGCUCAUGCUCUUCGCCAUGGCCCUGGAGCGCUACCUAGCCAUCGGACACCCCUACUUCUACCAGCGCCGAGUCACCCGCCGCAGUGGCCUGGCUGUGCUGCCCACUGUCUACAUAGCCUCCCUGCUCUUCUGCUCCCUGCCGCUGCUGGAUCACUGGAAGUAUGCCCAGUACAGCCCAGGGACGUGGUGCUUCAUCGGACACAAGCAGACCACGUACCUGCGGCUUUACGCCACUCUGCUGCUGUUGCUCAUCAUCGCCGUGCUCGCCUGCAACUUCAGCGUCAUCCUCAACCUCAUCCGCAUGCACCGCCGGGGCAGGAGAAGCCGCUGCGGACCCUCCUUGGGCAGCAGCCACGGGAGAGCGGAAAGGGCAUCCACGGCGGAGGAGACGGACCAUCUUAUUCUUCUGGCCAUCAUGACCAUCACCUUCGCCGUCUGCUCCUUGCCUUUCACGAUUUUUGCAUAUAUGAAUGAAAACUCUUCCCGGAAAGAAAAGUGGGACCUCCAAGCUCUUAGAUUUUUAUCAAUUAACUCAAUAAUUGACCCUUGGGUCUUUGCCAUCCUGAGACCUCCUGUUCUGAGACUACUGCGUUCAGUCCUCUGCUGUCGGGUUUCAUUAAGAACACAAGAAGUGACACAAGCUUCCUGCUCUACACAGUCAAAUGCCAGUAAACAGAUUGACCUUUGA